UAGCUGGCAAGUACCAAAACGAGAACUUGACCUACUUUUAUAACUUUUUAGGCGAAGCCAAGCUACAAGUCCUAGAGCAACGAUUAGGAUUAAAAUUAAUAAAAAGGCAAUAUGACUCAACAAAGCAGAAAUGAAUCUAUCCAACUGUUUACCAAACUUUUGAAACUCUAUUCGUCCAUCAUCAACAAACUAAAUGAUGAACAAGGUUUGGUGCUUGAAGAUUUCCACAAAUAUGAAGGAGCUGGUUCUCAGUGGUUUGAUAGUAUAAAAUCAAGUGAGGCGGCCAAGUAUUUAAACAGUAAAUGUCAUAGUGAAAACAAAGUCACUUCAGCAUUUAAGGAAGUCACUGGGACUUUGAAAAUGAUUGAAUUCAUAAAACUUGCAAGUCUGGUCUUAGCUUACAACAACAGUCUGACUGUGGCUUUUGGGAAGAAAAACAGUGUAAAUGACAAGGAACAGAGUUUGCCAAAAAACUUGACAGCCCUUGUGGAGAAAAUGUCCAGAGCUAUUGAAACUUUUCUGGCCUUCAUACCAUGGGACUACACUUCUUGUGAGAAGGAGUUGCAGGACUCUCUGCCUUCUUUGGAAACUGAUAUAAAUGAUUAUGCAUUAACAUUGUACGGUGAAGAACUCGUAUCUUUAGACUUAAAACAACAGCUGGUUGUUUAUGAUGUUGAUGUUUUAUGUGCAGUGCUAGGUUUAAGGAUGGAGUUUGGAAACUUUCUAAAGCAGAUCAAAUCAGAGUGGUGGUUUUACCAAGUAGAGACCUACCAUAUUCUUAACUGGCUAAAGAACUUUAAAGCUAUGCACCAGACCAACAAUGUGUUUUACAACAUGGGGUUUACUGAAAAGAAAGCAACAUCCAUCUCAAAUCAGAUUCCUUUAUCUCUGUAUAACCUCCAAUCACCUUUUUAUUGGGCUGAAUCGUACAUUGAAAGCAUGUUCCAAUGUCAUCCUCUUUUAGGAGAUUCUAAAGAUUUCCCCAAUGUUUCAGAACAUAUUGAUUGCCCUGAUACACCAGAAAACACCCCAUUUGAGGCAUGUGUUGAUGUAGCUAACCCAGAUCAAUGUGAUAAGGGGAAAUUUAGUAUUAUAAAUGGAUCAGAUAUAGAUUGUCUUAAGGUUCAGUCGUUAAUUGAUGAUUACAUAAGUCAGCUUUCCUUAGAUGGGCAUACUCUGUUUUUUCAUGGAACUUCGCAUAUGUCUGCAGCCUCUAUUUUCAAAUGGGGAAUUAAUCUCACAGAAGGUAGCGAGAGACAGGAUUUCUCACAUAAAGAAAGUUUUAGCCUGUAUUAUUCUUACCAAAAUGCUAAAGAAUGGGCCAAGGCACGGAACUUUGAUUCUGCUGUGGUUGUGUUUCAAAUUCCUGAUAUACUGCUUAAAGAAACUGACAACAAUGGUCGUGAUUUGACUGCUGACAACCCAGAAAACAGACAAGAGUGGGAAGAAAUAGUAAAGUACAGCCGGAAAGGAUAUACAGGGAAUGAGCCUGCAAGAUUCAAAUCCUACUCCUUCAUUAAAGGCCACUUGUGUGCUAAUCCUAAUGAUGUGAAGAAAGGAAGUACACCAUUAAAGCUUUCUGAUACCAAUCUACAAUUUUGUUUGAAAAAGCAAAACUAUGCAGCUGUAUUUGGAAAUACAAAGCAUAUUUUAUGUGCUGUAUUCUACAAGAACAAAUGCAAUUGUAAAGGCAGACGUUUUUGCCCAUAAUAUAGUAGAAUGUUGUAAUGUAUUGUCAUUUGUACUAGUACAAAUAUGCAUUGAUGUUUUUUAAACUGUCUUUUUAAUAUUUUGAUGUAAGUUAUUUUUUAAUACAAAUAAUGACUUAUGUUGUCUUUUUUUAAUGAAAAUUCUUCAAUAGCAAGUGCAUUAAGUCUGGUACAUGGUUUCCACAAAGUUGUGGAAACAUGAGCUCAAAUAGAAUAUCAUAAAAAUUCCUUAAAAAGCAAAUCGUUUUUUUUUAGCAAAAUAUGUUUUCUUUUUAAAUCUUUUUUUUCAGUUGGUCCAGUGUUCUCAUAUGACAGUGUUCAUAUUCAUACAAACAUUAAUAGCUUGAUCAGAAUGAUUUGCUUACAGUUACAAACACCUAUUUUUUAUUUUUAAAAAUAAAAUUUUAAAACAUUGUUUAAGGUUAGAAAUAAUUAUAAAGUGUUAUAUCUGAUAAAAGUGAUAGCUACCGUGUUUAUAAUGGUGUAUAACAAGAUUUAAAAAGAAUGGAACUCUUGAUAAUGAAAAAUAAAAAUUUAAUUGAAGUCUUCUUUUUUGUUAAAAUGUACGUUCUUCAUCUAUUUUAAAAGUUUGUUUAGUUUUCUGGUUUACUUUUAGUUCCAUAUCUAAGUAACAUUUUUUAUAUAUCAUGUUCGGAAAAUAAACUAUAAUUGACUACUCUUGAAAAUAAAAUUAAUAUUAAUUUUUUUUUAAAUAACAGGCUUUAUUAGAUGUGUCAAACUGAAUUUUUAAAAUGGUCCCAGAGCUUUUUGAAAGUUGCUAUGUCAAGAUCUAAUAUAUAAAGCUCAGUUCUGUAACGUGUGGCAAAAAAAAAGUUUGUCGUUGACAGUUCUACGGAUUUAAGUGUUAGAUUUUUUUAUCGUGCUCACAGUCUAAAUGUACGAGUCAAAAAAAUACCAUUGAAAGUCUUUAAAAACAAUGUUCACUCUAUUUACUUAGAAGAAUAAUUUUCAAUUAUGAACGCGACAUAAAAUUUUUAAAAAGUGUAUCGACGUUUAUAAAAUUUCUAAAAUUGUGUCGGAAAUGUAUUGACUGCACAGUUACUUCCC